AUGGUUGGCCCAACGAUGAGAUGUAUCAUUAGAAAACAGUUUAUAAGAACUAGAAUGGCAGAUAGAUAUCUUUACGAUUUACUAAUUAUACUCAAUGAAUAUCAACUGACAGAAAUCAGAAAAGUAACGCUUGCCAGAAUCUUUUGUGAUAACAGUAAUAAUGUCACAAUGAUGCAGAAAAAAGUAUUUUUGACACCUGAAAUGGCUGAUUUGCAACUCUGUAGUUCCCAAUUAAUUCCAAAAAUCAACAUAAAUCACUGGUCAGAAAAUGUCUAUACAUUUCAAAAAUAA